CGAUUUCAAUUGGUCGGCAUGGGCAACUGCCCGCCGACGGCUCGCGGCCGAGACGGUUUAUUUUUUAAUUACCCGUCAUUGAGGCAAUAAUUCGCCAAUUUAAUUUUUUUUCUGCGUUGUUGCUAAAGCGCGUCCGAUUGCGCGUAGUGUCGUGCUUCGGAGGGAGCUCUUCUGCUGAUGGUGUCGGGGAAACUGGAGAUCAUGUUCGGGCGGAGGCGGAGGGGAGGCGGGGAUGCCAGGGGCGGCAAGGACGGCAGGUUCAGGAGAUUGGAGGAGUUGGUGGUGCCCAACGCGAAGCUGAGGUUCUGCCCCGAGCAGCUGCAGAAUUUGAACUAUAUCUUCGGCAAGAGGUUGGAGGGCACCGUGGCUGUGGAGUCAGAAAAGCAAUGGCUUCUGGCAAAGUCGGUGACUGAGAGGCUGGUGCAAAGGUUAAUAUGUGGAGCGGGGAUGUUGGAUUCCAGAUUUGCCUCCAAAUACUUGAUAUGCGACAACAAUCAACAUAGCAGUUUGCAGUCCAUGUCGAACAAAUUGGAAUACAUAGUAAGACUCGACUGCCUAUCAACACCAAACAUCUACGAAGCAGACACCAGACCGAAAUACUCCAUUAUCGAAACCGACUCUGAUUAUCCUGCGGCGUACGCAAGGAUCAGGCUCCACACCUCCUCCUUCAAGGUGUGGGGGGACUACACGAACUCCAGCGGAUACCUACGAAGGGACAAAGUACAAGCGAGACUAGUAGAACUCCUGGCUUUGGCGGCUUCAAAGGAUGUGCCUAAUUCGCCUCUCUACGUCGACGAAUCUGUGCUUUGCGGCAUACCCGGGAAGGUGGUGGACAGCGUCACCUUGCACAACAUCCUCAGAACGCCUCCACAGCAACACGUGUACUAUGGACCAGGAGGUAAUGUCCCAAGAUUCCCUGAUCCAAGAGACUUCAGACUAGCAAUAGUCGACGAACCUGGUGGAAUAAGACUGAGGGUAGAAUUCUUAUCGCCAGCUCUGUCAAAUAUAUCCCUAGACGUUCGAAUCCUAGUAGCCAUAGGAGUCGACGCGUGGCCAUCCUCGACUGACUUUCCAUCGAGGAUAUCCCUAGGUCACUCUGACUGUCUACUGUAUCACCAAGCAUCUUUGACAGGAAUGUACCUAGUUGGCUAUGGGGUCCAGUCUUCCGCGUGGCAGAUUCGAGUCCCAGCAGCAGAGUACGUGCUCCUCAACCACUACGGACCUAACAGUACAGUAAGAACUAUUCUAGACACUCUCAGUAGUGUGCUGCAAGACAUUGACAGGUCCAGGAAUGUAGGCAAACAACAGGUCUCUUACAAAAUCCUGAAUAACUACAUCCUGACGACGGUACUGUUCGAAGAGCUGGAAGAGAAUUCGAAGAGUCCAAUAUCUGACAUGAUCAACUGGUCGCCCAUGUACUUAUCAACGCAUGUGUUGAAACUUCUGGACAAAAUAAUUGCAAGACUCCUGGAAGAAAGACAACCCAACUACUUCUUUAAGAAAUCGAAUCUAUUAGUGAAUCCUGGUCAUUUAUCCGAAGAAGACUUCCGUAUCGAGGCAGGUUACAUCAAAGGGGCCAUGCUGAGGUGUUUCGAUGAGUCUCUAAUGUCGACCAAAGGGAACGAAGAUUUCAACAAAUCUAUUAUGGCUCAUGAAAGUGAGCUGGCGCUUUUGUACAAAUGGAAGGAUGUAGUGGAUGGACUGUUGCCUCCGCCAGGUACUAGAGGUAGAAGGUUUUGCUUCGCUGGAUCGAAAAAUAGACUGGAAAUAGCCCACACGCAGUACACUCUGAGACAACUGGAAUAUAUUGGUUUGUUACUGCAAAAGAUGCUUAUCGUGAAACAGCAUGUCGUACAGGUAGAUUAUACUCUGAUGGAAGACGAAACCAACUACGUUCAGGGUGAACAAGAACACCCGCUAGAAGACGUGAUAUUCAUCCUAGUAACUAUUAUGGACCAAGCCAGAGACCAAUACUUAUCCACACAGACCCACCCAAACAUAGUAAAGAAUAAACUGAAGAUAAAAAGCAACUACAACACCUGCACUUCCAAACUGGUAGACAUAAUGCGGAAGGAUCCUGAGUUACAAAAUUUAAACUUCGAAGACGACUUAGUCCUGGUCAAGAUCAUACUGAAAUGGCUGUACAGGGCUAUGGACCAAAACAAGAGGUACCUAGCUCCCAUACUGAGGCCCUAUCUCAACAACAUCUUCGCCACCUCCCACGCCAUAUCUUGGCACAUCGACUCUAUCAAAAGGCGGGCAAGCAAAGAGGAAUUAACAGCCUUGGGUAAAUUUGCCGAGCAAGUAAACUCUGGAAAGACCACCCCGGCGCAGGGUCUUACCGACUGCGUAGAUAAAAAUUCGAAUUGGGCUAAGGUUAUGCUGAAGAUGGUCGAGGACAAGACGUUGAGAGUGGUAUUUUUGCCCGGCAGGGGACAGGUUUUCAGGCAUAUCUUGUCGCUGCCUUCAAACCAAAAGAAGGAAGUGGAGAGUGGGAGUAAAACUUUGGGGGGCCCUGUCGAAAAGCAGGAAGCUCGAAAGGAAUUGACUUUGCCCAGCAGGAGUUAUUUUAGCACCAUUUUGAGAGAAAGGACUGUCCACAAUGAGGACGAUAUAACUCCACCACACGAUCGACUGAAGAGAUCCAGCCCUCUUACUUUAAUUUUCAGCAGUAGACACCGAAGAGGAGAACACAGAGGAGAGGGGGACAUAUUAGAAGCCUUAAAAUCAAUGCAAAGACUAAAUGUGUUUCAAGAAGUAGCCACCAACCUACCUCAAGAAGACCGUAAGGAACUUUGCGACAUGAUCCGUAACAUCCAGACGGCUAAAUCCAGGAAAGCCCACGCCAAGAAGUGGUCCAGCACCCUUCCUCAACCAAAUCUGAGAGCUCAGGCUGGUUUUAGUUCGAAGAACGAGACGGUGCAGAGGUACACGCCCAAAGAAGAGAGCGCCGGUAUCAGGGUGAGGGAUCACAAGUUGGAGAAGUUAAAAAUCAAGAAUCGCAGCACAAGUAGCUUGUUAGGCACCUGUAGAGCUGCUAGGAUAAGAGAAGACAGCAGUAUUUUCCUCUUGCAUGAUAGUUUUAAGAUAAAAUCGCUGCUACAUAAGAGUGAGUCGCUUAAGUAUUAA